GUCGGCAGAUCCCCGGGAGGCAGCUGCACUGAGAGCUCCGGGACUUCCUUCCUGCUCUGCUCUCCGCAGGCCCAACAGCCUUCCCUGCUGCCCAGCAGCCAGGCCAGUGCACACCACCCUCUUCGGCAUCAGAACUGGCUCAAGAACCUGCCAUGAGCUUCCUACUCUACCUCCUCCUACUGGCCUCAUUCUUCCCACCAGGUCAGGCCUCGUGGGGUGUCUCCAGUCCCCGGGAAGUGCAGGCCGUGAAGGGGUCUUGCCUGGUCAUCCCCUGUGUGUUCAGCUUCCCUGCAGACGUGCAGGUGCCUGAUGGCAUCACAGCUAUCUGGUACUACGACUACUCAGGCAGGCGGCAGGUUGUGAUCCACACGGGCGACCCCACGCAGGUGGAGGCACGCUUCCGUGGCCGUGCCCAGCUGGUGGGGCUCCCGGAGCACAAGGUGUGCAACCUGCUGCUGAAGGACCUGCGGGCUGAGGACACUGGCUCCUACAACUUCCGCUUUGAGAUCAGUGAGGGCAACCGCUGGUCAGAUACGAAAGGCACCUCGGUCACUGUAACAGAGGAGCCCAGGGCACCGACCAUCACUGCCCCAGCAGAGCUCCUCGAGGGCACACAGGUGGACCUCAACUGCUCCACUCCCUAUGCGUGUCUGCCAGAGCAGAUCAGCCUGCAGUGGCAAGGCCAGGACCCCACUCGCUCUGUCACCUCCAAUCUCCACAAGCUUGAGCCCACUGGCAUCAUCCAUGUAGAGACCCUUCACACGGCCCUCUCCUGGGAGGAUCACGACCGGACCCUGCACUGUCAGCUCUCAGUGGCAGACCACAAGACUCGGAGCGAGAUUCGCCUCCAAGUACAGUAUGCUCCCAGGGGUGUGGAGAUCCUCCUCAGCCCCUCAGGGAGGAACAUCCUCCCAGGUGAUCUGGUCACACUCACCUGCCAGGUGAACAGCAGCUACCCCAGAGUCAGUUCCAUUAAGUGGCUCAAGGACGGGGUGCAUCUUGAAGCCACGAGUCGCGUGCUGCAGUUGUCCCAGGCAGCCUGGAGUGAUGCUGGCGUCUACGCCUGCCAAGCUGGAAAUAGUGUGGGUUCUUCAGUCUCACCUCCUCUCAGCCUCCACAUCUUCAUGGCCGAGGUCCAGAUGAGCCCAGCAGGCCCCAUCCUGGAGAACCAGACAGUAACACUGGUCUGCAGCACACCCAAAGAGGCGCCCAGCAAUCUCAGCUACGGCUGGUACAAGAAUCAGGUCCUGCUGGAAGAUGCCCACUCCCACACCCUCCGGCUGCACUCGGCCACCAGGACCGAUACAGGCUUCUACGCCUGCGAGGUGCAGAAUGCCCAGGGCAGAGAGCGCUCAGGCCCUGUCAGCGUGGUGGUCAGACACCCACCCCUCAGCCUGGACCUGACUGCCUUCCUGGAGACACAGACAGGGCUUGUGGGCAUUCUUCACUGCUCUGUGGUCAGCGAGCCCCAAGCCACACUGGUGCUGUCUCAGGGGGACGUUAUCCUGGCCUCCACCCCUGGGGUAAAUGAUUACAGCUCACGCUUCAGGGUCUUCUCUGCUCCCAACUCCCUGCGCCUAGAGAUCCGAGACCUGGAGCCAGCUGACAGUGGACAGUACAAGUGCUCAGCCACCAACUCCCUUGGAAAUGCCACUUCCACUCUGGACUUCCAUGCCAAUGUGGCCCGCCUCCUCAUCAGCCCAGCAGCAGAGGUGGAGGAGGGGCAAGCAGUGACACUGAGCUGCAAGAGUGGCCUGAGCCCUGUGCCCGACACUCGCUUCUCCUGGUACCUGAAUGGAGCCCUGCUUCUUGAGGGGCCCAGCAGCAGCCUCCUGCUCCCUGCAGCCUCCAGCACUGAUGCUGGCUCAUACCACUGCCGGGCCUCCGAUGGCCACAGCACCAGCGGCCCCUCAUCACCUGCCAUCCUCACUGUGCUCUACCCCCCUCGCCAGCCCACAUUCACCGCCCGGCUAGACCCUGAUGCUGCUGGGCGGCGAGGGCUCCUCUUGUGCCAUGUGAACAGUGACCCCCCAGCCCAGCUGCAGCUGCUCCAUGAGGACCGUGUUGUGGCCACUUCCCUGCCACUGGGGGGUGGCUGCAGCACCUGUGGAGGCUGUGUCCCACGCAUGAAGAUCACCAAAGCCCCCAACUUGCUGCGUGUGGAGAUUCAAGACCCAGUGCUGGAGGAUGAGGGCGUGUACCUCUGUGAGGCCAGCAAUACCCUGGGCAAUGCCUCUGCCUCAGCCACCUUCAAUGCCCAGGCCACAGUCCUGGUUGCCUCACCAUCAGACACACUGCGGGAGGGCACAGAGGCCAACCUGACCUGCAACGUGACUCAGGAAGCCACCAGCAGCCCCACCAACUUCUCCUGGUUCCGAAAUGGGGUGCUGUGGGCCCAAGGUCCCCUGGAGACUGUGAGGCUGCUACCUGUGGCCAGAACCGAUGCUGCCCUCUAUGCCUGCCAAGUGCUCUCUGAGCCUGGUGCCCAGCUUUCUGCUCCUGUCAUCCUGCGUGUACUCUAUCCUCCAGAUCCUCCAAAGCUGUCAGCCCUCCUAGACGUGGACCAGGGCCACAUGGUUGUGUUUGUCUGCACCGUGGACAGUCGCCCCCUGGCCCAGCUGUCCCUGUUCCAUGGGGAGCACCUCCUGGCCACCAGCCUGGGCCCCCAGCUCCCAUCUCACAGCCGUCUCCAGACCAAGGCUGUGGCCAACUCCCUGCAGGUAGAGGUCCGGGAACUAAGCCUUGGGGACUCUGGCAACUAUCGCUGUGAAGCUACAAAUGUUCUUGGAUCAGCCAACACCUCACUCUUCUUCAAAGUUCGAGGAGCCUGGGUCCAGGUGUCCCCAUCACCUGAGCUCCAGGAGGGCCAGGCCGUGGUCCUGAGCUGCCAGGUACCCACAGGAGUUCCUGAGGGCACUUCAUACCACUGGUAUCGGGAUGGCCAGCCGCUCCAGGAGUCGAAUUCAGCCAUACUGCGUUUUGCAGCCAUAACUCUGGCACAAGCUGGGGCCUACCAUUGCCAAGCCCAGGCCCCAGGCUUGGCCACCACAAACCUGGCUGCCCCCGUCAGCCUCCAUGUGUCCUAUACCCCACGCCGGGUCACACUUACCACCCUGAUGGACACAGGCCCGGGGCGCCUGGGCCUUCUCCUGUGCCAUGUGGACAGUGACCCUCCAGCCCAGCUGCGGCUGAUCCAUGAGGACCACCUUGUGGCCUCCACCCUACAAAGUGUGGGAGAACUUGCAGGCAGUUCUCCCCGGCUACGGGUGGCUGUGGCCCCCAACACUCUGCGUCUGGAGAUCCACAAGGCAGUGCUGGAGGAUGAGGGCAUCUACACCUGUGAGGCUACCAACACCCUGGGCCAGGCCUCAGCCUCAACCAACUUCAAUGCCCAGGCUGUGAGCGUGCAGGUGUGGCCCAGCACCACUGUGCAGGAAGGGCAGCUGGUGAACCUGACUUGCCUUGUGUGGAGUACCCGCCUGGCCCAGCUCACCUACACAUGGUACCAGGAUGGGCAGCAGCGCCUAGGUGCCCACUCCAUCCUCCUGCCCAAUGUCACAGUCAUGGAUGCUGCCUCCUAUCGCUGUGGUGUGGGGGCCCCUGGCCAGACACCCCACCUCUCCAGACCUGUCACCCUGGGUGUGCUUUACGCGCCCCGUAGCCUGCGCCUGACCUACCUCCUGGAGAGCCGUGGUGGGCAGCUAGCCCUGGUACUGUGCACUGUGGACAGCCGCCCACCGGCCCAGCUGGCCCUUAGCCAUGCUGGCCGCCUCCUGGCCUCCUCAUCUACAGCCUCUGUCCCCAACACCCUGCGCCUGGAGCUGCGGGAGCCACAGCCCAGUGACGAGGGUCUCUACAGCUGCUCCGCCCACAACCCUCUGGGCCAGGCCAACACAUCAGUGGAGCUGCGGCUGGAGGGUGUGCAAGUGACCCUGGCUCCAUCAGCUACUGUGCCUGAGGGGGUUGCUAUCACAAUGACCUGUGAGGACCCUGCUUCCCGCCCUCCCAUCCUCUAUGCCUGGUACCACAACGGCCACUGGCUUCAAGAGGGGCCCGCUGCCUCACUGUCAUUCCCAGCAGCCAUGCGGGCUCAUGCAGGCGCCUAUUCCUGCCAGGUUCGGGAUAUCCAGGGCACCCGCAGCUCCCGGCCUGCUGCCCUGCAAAUUCUCUAUGCUCCUCAGGAUGCUGUCCUGUCUUCCUUCCUGGACUCAAGAGCCAGGCCAAUGGCCGUGGUACAGUGCACUGUGGACAGCGAGCCACCUGCUGAACUGAGCCUGUCUCAAAAUGGCAAGGUGCUGGCCACUAGCAGUGGGGUCCACAGCUCUGCAUCGGGGAUGGGCCAUGUGCAGGUGGCCCGAAAUGCCCUGCAGCUGCAGGUGCAAAACGUGCCCACGGGUGGUGAUGACACCUAUGUCUGCACCGCCCAAAAUUCACUGGGCUUGGUCAGCACCAGCAGGCAGCUACAGGUGCAAGGUGUACAUGUGGUGGCUGAGCCAGGCCUGGACGUGCCUGAGGGCACAGCACUAAAUCUGAGCUGCAGCCUCCCUGGUGGCCCCAGGCCCAUGGGCAAUUCCACCUUUGCAUGGUUCUUGAAUGGCCGGCGACUACAUGUGGAGCCUAUGCCCACUCUCACCUUCCCCCAGGUGGCCCGUGCCCAAGCUGGGGUGUACCACUGCAAGGCUAAGCUCCCCACCGGGGCUGCCACCUCUGCUCCAGUUGUGCUCCAUGUGCUCUACCCUCCAGAGACACCCACCAUGACAGUCUUUGUGGAGCCUGAGGGAGGCCUCCAGGGCAUCCUGGACUGCCGGGUUGACAGCGAGCCUCUUGCCAGCCUGACCCUCUACCUUGGCAGUCGGCUGGUGGCCUCCAGCCAGCCCCAGGGUGCUCCUGUAGAGCACCACAUCCAAGUCUCUGCCUCCCCCAAUGCCCUGAGAUUGGACAUCACGGAGCUGAGGCCUAGUGACCAGGGGGAAUACGUGUGUUCUGCCUCCAAUGCCCUGGGCUCUGCCUCGGCCUCCACCUACUUUGGGACCACAGCCUUGCACCGCCUGCGUCUGCUGCAUCAGCUGCUCUGGGGCCUGGGACUGCUGGCUGGCUUCCUGGUCCUACUGCUGGGCCUGGGGGCCUGCUACACCUGGAGAAGGAGACGUUUUCACAAUCUGGGCAUGGACGAGAAUUCAGUGGAGAUGUCUUCUCAGAAAGAGACCACACAGCUCAUUGACUCUGAUGCAGCCACCUGUGAGACCUUGUCCUGUGCGUCACCCCUGAGCUGAUCUCAGGAGGAGGAGGUCGCCACAUCUAUGAUGACCCAGCCCGCGGAACAUGAGUAAGGCAGCUCUGAGUUCUGCCUGCCUCUGGGAAAACAGCUCUGUGACAUCUGACUUUUUAUGAUUGGCCCCCAAGCCUCUUGCCCCCAGGAAGAUGGGUAGUGAGAGUGGGGAUACACUCCUACCCAGGAGGAUGUUGACUCUCGGGGACUCUGAAGAGAAGCAAGUAGGGCGCAUCAUCCAUUUCUCUCACUCUUUCCUGCCUCUCCUCCUCCUCUCCAAAGGGGGCCCUGCCCCUUCACGUCUCUCCCCCCAAAGCUCCCCCUGGACUUUCUGGAUGGAUUCAAAUAGAAGAGGAGCAUUCUGUGUCCUCAGGCCCACAGAGGCCCCCAUAUUAGGCAAAAUAUAAGUCAGGCUGCUCUAAUAAGAGACCAAAUAUGUGAUAGAAUUUUAUUUUUCUCUCCCAUGCCAGUCUGGCUAUGUUACAGCGGUUUGAGUUGUUGAGAUCUUUUUGUCUUAUUUCUCUAUCCUAAAAUGUGAGGGUCACGGCCCCACUGUUCACGUUCACUCCAGCCAGCAGAGGGGAGAGUGGAAGUAGAAAGCACUCCCACUCCCACUGGGGACACAACCCAGGAAUUGUACAUGUCUUUUCCAUUGGCUCAGUUUACCCUCAUGGCCACUCUGUGCUGCAAGGGAGGCUGGGAAAUGUAGUUUUUAUGCUGCACCCAGCGCAUAUUUGGAAAUUCUAUUUCCAAAGGCUUCCAACUGUGGACUUAUGCCUGGGACUUAAGACACUGGUGUCAAUGCCACCAGCAGGCCGUGUUCGGUCUCAGCGCUUGUCUGCUGAAGGCUGGAGCAUGCCCUUUGACAUUCUGGCUGUGGGCUUCCUGGAAGGGAUGUCCCUUUCACAAAGUACUACUGAGGAAACGAAGAAAAGGUGGUGGCCCCUUGGGAGAGCUGUGGCAGACAGUGAGGCUGCCUGAAUAGACAUCCCUGCACCAGCCCCUGGAGGAAGAGGUGCCCCCUUUCCCACUACCCCCACCUCCAGGGCUGAGCACUGCCUUCCCAGCUCUUCUGAACAUGGUGGGCAGGCAUGGAUGUCGUCAGCAUCCUUGUUUCUGCUCCAGGGGCUUCCCUCUCUAUGACCAAGUGAGCUCUUGUCCUUUUCCUGGAGUCCCAUGUGCCAGGGGCUGCUGAAGAGGAUGAGCAUUACCAAGAAGGAAUAAAGAGCUCUCAAGAAAUCAGGG